GGCUGGCUGGGUGCCCUGGCGCUGCUGGGCGUGCUGGUGCUGUGCCAGGGGCUGCGGCGCCCCGGGGGUUCCCCGCACUCCCAUUCCGUGCUGUGCUACAGCGGCGCCGAGCUGGGGGACGAGGCCCCCGCGCAGCUCCUGGGGCGCAGCCUGCGCUGGGACCGCUACGUGCCCGUGCAGCUGGUGCCACAGCUGGAGCAGCUGGAGAGCACCAGGCACCGGCGGCACCGGCGGCACCGCCCGCACGCCUGCCCCACGCUGCAGUCCCGUGCCAGCCUCCGCAGCGAACCCAACGAGCGCUCCAUCUCCCCGUGGCGCUACCGCAUCGACGAGGACGAGAACCGGUACCCGCGCAAGUUGGCCUUCGCCGAGUGCCUGUGCAGCGGCUGCGUGGACGUCAAGACGGGCCGGGAGACGACGUCGCUCAACUCAGUGACCAUCCACCAGACCAUGAUGGUGCUGCGGCGCAAGCCCUGCCCACGCCCCACCGGGCUGGGUCUCGUUACCUUCGAGGUGGAUUAUAUCAAGGUGCCCGUGGGCUGCACCUGUGUCCUGCCCCGCACCAGGCGCUGACCCUCCCCUGCUCCCGUGGAGCCCCCAUAGUGUGACCAUGUCACCUCAUCCCCUCCACCUGUGCUUGUUUUAGAGCACCCACCCCCAGCCAGGGCAUCCUCCCAGCCCCUCACCUCAUUAUUUAUGAGUUAUUUAUAAGCCUUGCAGCCAGGGGACUUUUUUUACCCUGUAUUUAUUGCUGACUUCCACAGCUGUGACUCCGGGUCCAGCAUUGCUCCACAGUGCUCAAGACCCCUCGGCCGGACCCUGCGAGCGCUGCCUGGGCACUCGCUGGUUAUUUAUUCCCCCAAAAAGCUAUUUAUUGUCUCCUCUCUGUUUGCUAUUUAAUGCUGCAAAUAAAAGCUAACCUUUCCCAAAACGGUCCCUGCUCUGUUCCCAGUCAGGGCAGUGGGAUGUUAGGAACUGGGGGCACAUCCAUGGGUGGCCCGUGGAGCAAGGUAAGGC